UGACAUAACUGAUUAGCUCGGCGGUAAAGCUCUUAUCACAUGGGCGCAAAGCUGCUGCCACCCAGAGCCGAUAAUCCUUAGUCUAUACGCGUUAUGGACAGUGAAACGCACAGCCUGCUGCUCUGGACAUCGAUACACCCACUAGGCUACAGUAACAGCACUUGCUUGCAAUGCUUUUUUUUUGCCGUGGAGUGAACAAAGGCGUGUCCUUGGACCAUGUAUGUAAUAGUCAGACUCGCAGCGACAGGCUUUUGCACUCCAGUCGUCAGCUCUUUGUGCACCGGCAGACUCAGCCUCUCCACGAUGGCCGAACACUCUGAACAAAUAGUAUUCGACAAGCCAAAGGUUGAACUGCAUGUGCACCUUGAUGGAGCCAUCAGGGUGCAGACUAUUCUUGAUGUUGCCAAGAGACGCAACAUCACGCUGCCAGCAGAUACUGCAAGCGAGAUGGCUCAGCAUAUUGUUGUCCAUCAGCCGGCCACCCUCACUGAGUUCCUGGACAAGUUCUCUAAAUACAUGCAUGUGGUUGCUGGAGACAGAGAAGCCAUAAAAAGGAUAGCCUAUGAGUUUGUUGAGGACAAAGCAAAGGAGGGAGUCAUUUACGUUGAGGUCAGAUAUAGCCCACAUUUACUGGCUAACACUGAAGUGGAUCCCAUACCGUGGAACCAGGAAGAAGGUGACGUGAGCCCAGACGACGUGGUGCACCUGGUUAACCAAGGCCUUAGUGAGGGGGAGAGGGCCUUCAAAAUCAAAGCCAGGUCCAUUCUAUGCUGCAUGCGCCACAUGCCAAGCUGGUCUAUGGAUGUUGUGGAGCUAUGUAAGAAAUAUAGCCAAGAGGGAGUGGUGGCCAUCGAUCUGGCAGGUGAUGAGUCACGCAACUGUGAAGCUAAUCCUGGUCACAGGAUGGCCUAUGAGGAAGCACUGCAUUGUGGCAUCCACAGGACAGUUCAUGCAGGAGAGGUGGGCCCGGCAUCUGUGGUGAAGGAGGCUGUGGAAGUAUUGAAAGCUGAACGUAUUGGACAUGGUUACAGAACCCUGGAAGACCAGACCCUGUACAAAAAACUGCUGGCUCUAAAGAUGCACUUUGAGGUGUGUCCUGUUUCCAGUAAGCUGACGAGUGCCUGCAACGCAGACUUCACCAAGCAUCCUGUCAUCACGUUGAUGAAGGACAAAGCUAACUACUCCCUGAACACAGACGACCCUCUAAUCUUCAACUCAACCCUGCACCUUGACUACAGCAUAGCACAAAAAUACAUGGGAUUUACUGAGGAGGAAUUUAAACGACUGAACAUCUGUGCUGCGAAGUCAAGUUUCCUGCCUGAGGAUGAGAAGAAAGAGCUCCUCCACACUCUGUACGAGGCCUAUGGGAUGAUCAAGACAACCGCCUUUUAAACCCGGAGAAGGUCUGAAGAGAAAAUGUGAUCUAAACCAGGGACAAAUUGCUUUGAACUCUUAUUCUACUCAAAUGGCAGAGUGGAAUGUGUUUUUAGUCAUAUGUAACCAGACAUAAAGCCUAUAAUCAUAUGGCUGUUGCUUUCAUCUCAUACACCUUUACAUCAUCAGCUUGAGGGCUUGUGUUUUGUCUGUAUUCCAUCUAAGUACUUACAUACCUUUAAUAGUUUACUGUACAGUCCCACAGGAUGCCAAGGUGCUCUUCAAGAGACAAGAAAGUGUUUUGCGUACAAGAAGCAAAACUCUGCAUACAUUUUUGUGUUUACAUCCAUAAAGAGGAUCAGGGAAACUUUGGAAUGCACAGUUACUCAAUACUCAUGAAUUAACAGUUUUAACUCUCCAUCAAAGCUCAAACAUUAAGCUAAGUAGUAAAGUGCAAAAGCAUAUGUUGAAGGGUAAAUUAAAGCUGUGCAGGACAAGGACUUACUACCUAUGGGGGAAAGGUGGUUUACUGUGAAAUUACAUUGUUUUAAAGGUGAAAUAAGAGAAUUCAGUGUCAAACUCAAGUGUUUUUUGCCCUUUGCAUAGAAAAUAGGACACAUAGGUGCUCACAGCUCAAUACCAAAAGCCUAGUAUUACAUUUGAACACUAGGGGGCAGCCUGCUGCCACCUAGAUGGACAAACCACUAAGUUAACUUGAGGUGGUACUGCAUUUGAUAAUUGCUUUUUAAAUUCUUUUGAUGUAUAUAUUUACUUUUUUCCAUUUAGCUAAAUAAAAAAGACUUUCAUUUAUAACUGCUACAUUUAUAAUACUUAUGAAAAAAUAUUUGACCAUAAUA